CCACCAAUUGAUGAAUAUCACGAUGCGGCUGGGAAUAUAUCCUCGGGUGUACAAAUACAGAUUCGACAUGGUAUCUCGUCCUUGAGUUGGUAGUGGUCGAGUACAUGGUGAUCUUUCGUCUUCCUAUGGUGUGGAAUGUUGGCGUAAAUGGGGAACUGCGCUGCGUUUCCACUUAUCCAUAUUCCAACACAGAGGUUCGUUUUACCCGCUGCAUUUACUCAUGUUACUUACCUGGAUGUACGUACCAAUUGAGGGAAUGCCUUGACAGGGUCGUAUUCUUCCUUCUCAUAUAUAGUUGCGGUACCAUGCCACUUCAUGUUGUCCCCACCAAGAAUUUCAUUCUUGAAAUCUUUUUUGUUCUGUUCUUGAGAUUGACAGAGUAGUUCCAGUGGAACAAGGUUGACAAGAUGGGCAAGCUUUUUAAUAUUUCGUUGGCGAUGUUUGCUGCGACUGGGUGAGUUUACCUUUUCAUCUAGAUAUUGUCUCUAGUGAAGUGGUGAGGUUAGAAGUUCGUUCUAACAUGCAGUUUCCAGAUCAUUUCUUUUUGGUUACGAUUCAGGUGUUAUGACAGAUGUGAUAGCCUCCCAGAACUUCCUCACUUUCUUCAACACGACACAAGAUUCCUCUAUCAUCGGUGCCAUCAACUCUACAUUCAAUGGAGGUGCUGUGUUUGGUGCUCUUCAGGGUGGUCUUACUAUGGAUCGAUUUGGUCGAAAAAUUACCAUUUUCAUGGGCGCUUUGAUUUGUCUCGUUGGAGCUACGCUACAGACUGCCGCGCAGAAUCUUCCUAUGAUGCUCGUGGGUCGUAUUUUUACAGGUUGGGCCGUCGGUUUGCUUAGUAUGGCUGUACCGGUAUACAAUGCAGAGUGUGCGGAUCCGAAAAUUAGAGGAUUGAUUGUGGGACUGAGUCAACAGAUGAUUGGAGUGGGAUUUAUUGUGUACGUUGAUUCCGUCUCUAGAAUUCUGAGACGAGUUACUGACAUUUUCAAAGUUCAACUUGGGUAGGCUAUGGCUGUGGUGUUACAUCCGACAAGAGCUCUAUUCAAUGGCGAAUUCCACUCGCGGUACAGCUGAUUCCUUGUCUUAUUCUCGCCUCUGGUAUUAUGUUCUUCCCCGAAUCACCUCGACAUCUCAUGGAAACCGAUCGUGAAGAGCAAGCAUUAGUCAUUUUGAGGAAGUUGCAUUCCGAUGGUACAAAUGACGAGUUUAUCGUCAAGGAAUUUAAUGAAAUCAAGGAAACCAUUGCUGCGGAAAAGGCAAUCACAGUACCGGGAUGGAGAAUUAUGUUUACAGUACCGCAAUGGAGAACGAGAUUGGGCCAUGGAGUUGCUGUUCAAGCUUUUACUCAGUUUACUGGAAUUAGUAAGUUUUGAUGAUAAGAGGUUGGAGGGAGAGUUACUGACAUGAAUUAGACGUUAUCGGUUACUACCAAAAUACUAUGUACAAGGCGUUAGGAAUUACUGGAAAUAAAGCUUUACUCGUCACAGGAAUUUACAACUGCAUGGGACCCUUGGGAAGUAAGUUGACGUACGACCAGGUACAUAUACACCAUGUAGACAAUAAACUAACAACAAACCGCAGAUCUCAUUUUCAUCAGUUUCAUGAUCGAUAGAGUAGGACGUCGCAAGCCACUUCUCUGGGGGACCGUCGGUAUCACUAUUGCCCUCGUUUGCCAAUCUAUAAUCAACAGUCGCAUCGACGCCGCAAAUCCACAACACGGUCUUUCCAUCGGUGGAGUCUUCUUCAUCUUCUGCGUCACGGUCAUCUUCUCCUUCUCAUGGGGUCCCAUCUCCUGGGUCUACAUGUCCGAAGUAAUGCCCAUGCAAAUUCGCGCUCGUGGAAAUGCUUUCUCAACCGGAAUUGGUAAUUGGCUCGUAGCUACUUUCUGGGCUCAAGUUUCUCCUAUGGCUUUGAAGCACUUAACGUGGAAAUUCUAUUUCUUAUUUGCUGGUUCGUUGAUUUUUUCUUUUCCCCUUUUUUUGAAAAGAAAAAAAGAAUCUUAGGGAAUACCUAGUUUACUAACGAAAACAACUCAUAGCAUGGAACGUAGUAGUUACCAUCCCCGUCGUAUUUUUCUUCUUCAAAGAAACCAAACAACUCUCCCUCGAAGAAAUCGAUCUCCUCUUCGGCGAGCGUGCACUUGGUACCCUACCAGAUGAUAUAUCCAAGGGCUUGGAGACUGAACAUCAUGAAAUGCAUCCUAAAGGUCAAGAUGAAGUUUAAGGUUUUUAGUUUUAAUGACGUGUGAUGAUAUUGGGAAGAACAAUAGGUUUCGGACUUUGGGUAUUCGGAUUCGGAUUUCGGUGGCGGGUAUGGUUUGAAUAGAUAUUAAUUUUAAGAUCUUACCCAAACUAAGUCUUAUCUUAAUAUUUAUUAUAUAGUAAGAAUUGAUUGAAUAAUACAUAUGUAAGAAUUACCACGA